AUGAGAAACAAACGAAACAACCAGAGGAGCCUGGUGGCGAUGCAGUACCAGAUGAAGGAUUCGUGCAGAGGCCGAUAUCUCGUGCGAGAAAGACUCGAAAGGAGUUUGUCCGGAAGGCUGGGCCUCCUCCCUCGUCCCCCUCGCAUGUGGAACCAGUUUCCAGAACAACCAGCGCCAGGUCCAGCGCCUGGCGUGCCAGAAGGGGGCUAUGUUGAGCCGUCUGUUCCUCAAGAAGUCGCUCCUGUGGCGCCCCACGAAGUUCCAGAACCCGUACCUGUCAUGGAUGUCCAGGAUGAUGAGAAACUGCGAGAUUUGAGGGCUCGUCGGAACGUCAUCAGCAGUCUAGUGGGUUUGGUGAACCUGGCAAAAAUCCACGGUGAGCAAGUGCAUGCGUACUGUUCUGAGACCUUUUCUUCAGACUACGAGAGUAUACGGAGUGCUCUGGGGGAGAUGGCCGAUUGGAAAGAGUUCAAAUUGUGUCUCUCGACGCUGUCUUCGGUGGUAAAUACGUCGGUAGCUCUGAAACAUGAGAAUGAAGCCCAGCUUAGAAUCUUGCAGUCAAUAGAGUUUGCUGACGAAUGCAGUGGAUAUGAUUUCGUCAAAGCAUACGCAGCCGUUGCUGCCAUGAAUUUCAGGAAGGAAACCUUGCAACGCUUGUCUGCUGUGGGCAGCGCAUUGGAGAAAUAUAUACUACAAGCCCAAAAGUCUCUGCUGACGGGGAAGCUGCAGCUUGGACUCGUACCGGUUGAGAUGGAUGCAAAUUUGGCCCAGGAACUCCAUGUGGUAUUAUCCAAAACUCGCCCAGCAUCUGCGGGGCAGACAGCAUCUGGAAUAACGGAAGAAGAAUUACAUGUCGUACAAGAUUUGCUUCGACAGCAAUAUCAGGAUCUGCAAGUUAUGGCUAGUGCGAAGGACGUCCAUGCUGUUGCAGCUGUGUACGAACGCGUGCAGCUACUUAACGAAAAGCUCAAAAACACAUUACAGAUGCAAAAGGAGAAGUUGAGUUCAGCUCUGAAGCGCCAGAAGCUCAGCAAAGAAGACGCCAGCGCUGUGGCUGAGGCCAUGGCGAAAAUUGCUGAGACUGUCGUCAACGACAGCGAAGAUUUCUGGCGCUCUGCGCAUGAUCUUUAUGCACAGAUUGGUGGCAAGCCUGAAGAUGUGCUUAGCGUUGCUAGCGGCAAAGCGCUACUGCAAACGCUGUCAACUAAGAAAAAGUCUAGUACUCUUGAAAAGGUACAGGGUGCUUCGACCCCUCAGAAUGUUGCCGCAGACGCUGUGAAGAAAUACUUUGCCGAACCGUGGAGCAUGAUUGAAGGUUUGGCGAGAUAUCAUUGCUCGAGAGCGCAGGAAACCGUAGAGGCGGCGAAGAAGGGGAAAAAGUACAAACUAGAUGGCGAAGGAUUUGGAUCAUCUGCACUGGAUAAGAAGAUGAAACUUAGGGUUAUAGCGGUUGCACGAAAAGCAGACACGGCACUUCCGCUGCUAAGAUUUCAAUACUUUCAUGAACUAUCAAAGGAAAUUGAGGUGUAUGAUGGUAUAUUUAGCUCUGUGUCCAUGUAUCUACCUGACCCUGCAUCGACGGCGUGGGCUGAAGUACGACAGCUGAAAGGCCGAUUAGACUGUGAAAAGGCAGUGGCCAGGGGCAGUGAAACGAUUGAAAAUAUAGCUGAAUUCGCAAACACGAUGCUGCAGACGUCCCUGAGCGCGUGGCGGAUUGUUGAGAAUGAGCACUUGGCUCAGCUUACAGCGGCAGUCGAAAAGGCGCUCAUUGAUCUUCAUAAUACAGCACGAAAUUGA